AUGCAUAACAGGGUGAAACUGGAGUUGGAAGAGGCAGUGGAUUGGAAUUCCAUGUAUCCAGAGAGUGAGGCAUAUUCUGGGAUACACAACAUGCAUACUGGUCUUCCAAAUGGCUCCUUCUUGCCUAGUGAUGGUUCUAUGACUUACAUGAAUAAUGGUGUACCUGGACCUGUCAACAGCAUUCAAAACAAUGUAGGUUCUCUUGGAUCAAUGACACAAAAUAUGGGGGCUUCUUUACCACCUACAGCACCACCUUCAGCUUACCCAGCAAACUACUGCCAUGGAGAAUCUGGCUUCCAGAGGGAUCCUCGUACUUAUCGUAGAAACUACUCUCACGCAAAACCACCAUACUCCUACAUUUCUCUUAUUACUAUGGCCAUCAAGCAAUCUCACAACAAAAUGAUGACUUUGAAUGAGAUCUACCAGUGGAUAGUUGAUCUCUUUCCCUACUACCGGCAAAAUCAGCAGCGUUGGCAGAAUUCCAUACGUCACUCACUCUCCUUUAAUGAUUGCUUCAUUAAGGUUCCAAGAUCACCAGAGAAGCCUGGGAAAGGUUCUUACUGGACUCUUCACCCAGAUUCAGGCAAUAUGUUUGAAAAUGGAUGCUAUCUCAGACGACAAAAACGGUUUAGGUGUGAGAAGACCAGAUCUGGAGAUGGAGAGAGAAAAACUAGCAAGACUGUUGAUGAGCAAAGCAAGAGAUUGAGGGAAGCAGCAUAUAAUGAAUUAUUAUCUCCAACACCUAAAACAGGUGUCAAAAAAGAGGACUCCACAGUACCUGGUAUUCCUCAACCAACUAGUGCUUCUCCUGUUGGUCUUAGCCCAGUUUCUGAAGUGGGCUCAUCAUCACAACUUCUAUACCCAUUAAGCCACUCUGAAGGCUACCUUGGCUUAUCUGCAGAAGAUGCUCAGUUAAAACAAGAUACAUUGUCUGGAAGACAUCCUUUUUCAAUUACUCAGCUGAUGUCUGUAGAACAGGAUUCAUCUUAUUCCUCUAAAAUGGACAUGUGUCUCACUAAUGACCAUCUCCCCCAGUAUCCGAAUUACACUUCUGACUAUAAUCAUGCAGUUAUGAAAAAUGGACAAGAUACUCAAACAUCAUCCAUUGAUGUCAACUAUUAUGCCAACAUGUAUUCCAGACCUAUCCUCAGCUCUCUCUAG